UUCGCGCUGAACUUCAUUUAAGAUGGAAGUGAAUUUACUAUAUCUUGGAGGAUUGGUUGCGAUUUUGGUCCUCCUUUACCGUCGAAUCACCAGACACAAUGACUACUUCCACGACAAACCGAUUCCCUCGGCGGCUGUCACAUUCCUGCUAGGCAGUACCGGGCCCAUGAUGAGGAAGAAAAUCUCUUUCAACGACUUUAUCAAACAGCUGUACGAUAAAUAUGCCGGAGCCAAACUUUUUGGUGUGAUGGACGGAACGACACGGCUCUUCGUUGUUCGCGAUCCGGAAUUGAUCAAGCGGAUCGGUGUGAAAGACUUUGACUACUUUGUCGAUCGCCGGCAGGUUUUCGGCGAUGCUGCAAGUGAAAAUCCGAAUGUGCUCUUCAGUAAGACGUUGGUCGGCAUGAGGGAGCAAAAGUGGCGCGAUAUGAGAGCUAUUCUGAGUCCCGCAUUCACCGGUAGCAAGAUGCGAAUGAUGUUCGAACUGGUGGCGGAAUACAGCGAAGGGAUGAUCCGUUCUUUGAGGGAGGAUGCCGGCAAAAGUGGUUACGUGGAAUGGGAAAUGAAGGAUCUCUGUUCCAGGGUGGCGAACGAUAUCAUUGCAACUUGUGCGUUUGGCUUGCAGGUGGAUUCACUGAAGAACCGUGAGAAUGACUUUUACAUCAUGGGUAAGAAAAUGGUUAAUUUCAACCGAUUCACGGUGUUGCUGCGGUUUUGGGGGUUCAUGGUGUUCCCCGGACUUAUGGCGAAGCUAGGAGUUGACAUCAUCGAGCGAGAACAGAUUCAGUAUUUCUCGGAGAUAAUUAAGGAAGCCGUGCAAACGCGGGACUCCCAUGGGAUAGUUCGUCCGGAUAUGAUUCAGCUGUUGAUGCAGGCCAAGAAAGGGUUGCUGAAACAUCAGCAGGAGACGAGUGAGGCAAGCGAGGGUUUUGCUACGGUCAUAGAAUCGGAAGUUGGCAAGAUUUCGUCCAGUAAAACUAUGAGCGAUGCGGAGUUUACUGCACAGUGUUUGAUUUUCUUUUUGGCUGGAUUUGAUACAAUUUCUACUGCAAUGAUGUUUUUGUGCUAUGAACUGGCAGUGAAUCCAGAUGUGCAGCAGAAACUGUACGAGGAGAUAGUGGAAACUGAUAAGGCGCUAGGAGGAAAAAGGUUGACUUACGAUACGCUACAGGCGAUGAAGUACAUGGACAUGGUUGUGUCGGAAUCGCUUCGAAUGUGGCCAAUAGCAGCGAUUGAUCGCCUGUGUGCUCAGGACUAUCAGCUGGACGAUGGUGAAGGACUGAAGUUUACCAUUGAUAAAGGAACGUGUAUCUGGUUCCCGGUUUACGGUAUCCAUCAGGAUCCGAAGUACUAUCCAAAUCCGCAGAAAUUCAAUCCGGAGCGAUUCAGUGAAGCAAACAAGGCCAACAUAAAUCUUUCCGCAUACUUACCAUUUGGGAUUGGACCGAGAAACUGCAUCGGUUCGCGGUUUGCACUGAUGGAAAUGAAGGCAAUCAUAUACCAGCUGCUGCUGAACUUCAGCUUCGAGCGGACGGAACAAACCCAAGUGCCGAUCAAGUUUAUGAAGGGAUUCGGGGCGCUAGGUGCCGAGAAUGGAGUGCAUUUACGGCUCAAACUGAGAUGAUUGCAGGUCAGCGUAAUUCUGUUCUGUAUUGCAAGUGAUUUCAAUAAAAUCUUAUCUAAUGAUGAAAAGAAAUAAUUAUGUAUUCAAAAUUUCUCAAGAAUCCAUCAAAACGUGCAUCGUUUGCUAAAAGAUGUAUAGCAUU